AUGGCGGCCCUUGAGCAAUACAACUACAUCUUCAUAAUCACAGUCAUCUUUGCCUUUCUCGACGCAUGGAACAUUGGCGCCAACGAUGUGGCCAACUCCUUUGCAACAUCCAUCUCCUCACGCUGCCUCACGAUGAAGCAAGCCGUGCUCAUCGCCUCCGUGACCGAGUUUUCCGGGUCCGUCUCCAUCGGUUCGCGCGUGGCCGAUACGAUCCGGAAAAAGGUGAUAGACCCGAGUCUCUACGCCGACCACCCCUCGGUUCUCCUCCUCGCCAUGAUGUGCACCGUCUUUGGCUCGUCCAUCUUCCUGACCAUCGCGACUCGCUACGGCCUUCCGGUUUCCACCACGCAUUCCACGAUCGGAGGGCUAGUGGGCGCUGCCACAGCCUCGGUGGGGAUCGGCAAGAUUAACUGGGGCGUGGAUGGGGUAUCCCAAGUCUUUCUUGCUUGGAUCAUCGCGCCCGGAAUCGCGGGUUGCUUGGGCGCCCUCCUCUUCUUAUUUACAAAGGUGGCGGUUCUUUCAAGACACCACGCUGUGAGAAAUGCUCUUUGGUCCAUCCCGGUAUACAGCUUCCUUACCGUGGGUGCUUUGACGAUGCUGGUAGCUUGGAAGGGAGUCCAAGUCGCCGAGGAACCCUCCGCCACCCUCAUGAUCGCCCUCGUAUUUUCCGUCGCCGGCGCCGCCGCCCUCGGCGUCUCUCUCUUCCUCCUACCCUACCUCUGGCGACGCAUCAUGUGCGAAGACUGGCCCCUAAAAUGGUACAUGGCCUGGAAAGGCCCCUUCCUCCUCUCGCGACCCGCGCCCCCACCCACGCCCCCGGCUUCAAAAGUCAUCAUCACAAACUACUACCAAGGCCACCUCACCCCCGAAGAGCUCGAAUACGUCCGCGCCUCCGACACCCUCCUCAAGUCCGUGCAAAGCAGCCCCGACGGCUCGGCCCCGAUAUUCCUCGAGAACGACGACGACUUCAUCCUGCCUCCUCCCGCGCAGGCCAUCCCCUCCGCGCGCGCCCCCACAAUCACCGCGGCCGCUCCUGUUUUUCUGGAAGGUCAACCGCGUCCUCCUGCGGGGCCUGGAGCAGGACGUCAUCCGCCUGCAAAGAUCAACUCCAUCUUGACAUGGGACAUUGCGGCCAUGCACUCCAAAGCGAAGCGCUACGACAACCGCGCCGAGCACGCCUACAGCUUCCUUCAGGUCCUCACGGCCGCGGCCGCCAGCUUCGUGCACGGCGCCAACGAUGUCUCGAACUCGGCCGCGCCCUUGUCGACCGCUUACGAAGUCUGGAUGCACGGGGAAGUCCCCACGCAGGUCGGCGUGCCCAUAUGGAUCCUCUGUCUGGGCGGCGGGGCCAUCGUCCUCGGCUUGCUGACGUACGGGUACCAUGUGAUGAGGAAUCUGGGCAACCGCCUCACUUUAAUAUCACCCUCAAGAGGGUUCUGCAUGGAACUUGCGAGUGCCAUUACCGUGCUCAUGGCUACCAGACUGGCUCUUCCUGUUUCCACGACGCAAUGUAUAUGCGGGGCGACAGUAGGCGUCGGCCUCGCCAAUGGCGACUGGAGGUCCAUCAACCCCCGCCUCGUGGCGUUCAUCUAUUUUGGGUGGAUUAUAACUCUUCCUGUGACAGCCCUUUUAUCGGGCAGCAUGAUGGCUCUUGUCCUUAACGCUCCGAACUGGACGACGAAUAUUUGA